AUGACAAUGCGUUUGAAGAAUAUUUCCGAUCAACUCUUUUCUAUUUCCUCCAUCUAUCAAUUUUCGCUUUUACUUCCACAUGAAGUUGAAUUAUUACAUGAUUUGAACCAUACUUUUCUUGAUUAUGGUCAUAUUGGUUGUAUUCAUGGGGAUUUUGCUGAUCAAGCUCAUUUACAUCCUCAAAAAGUGGCGUUAGUUUUAGAAAAUGGAUCGCUGACUUAUGUUGAACUGCUUUUCUAUGCUCAACAGUUAGCUAAUUAUUUAAUCAUUAAAUGUGCUGUUCAGCCUGGUCAAAUUGUUUGUCAAUUAAUAGAACGAUCUUUCGAAAUGGUAAUUGGGAUGAUCGGUAUUUGGAUGAGUGGUGGUAUUUAUACUCCUUUGAAUUUGCAUGAUCCUGAUAAGCAACUGAAUGCAUACAUUCAACAGACUGAUGCUCAUUUCAUUCUCGUGCAUCAAACUACACAGAAUCAGCUUCUUUCUCAAUGUUUAAUGAUCAAUGUUGGUCAAGUCAUUUGUUUCCAUCAUAUAAACGCAGAAAUAACAACAUACAUUGAUUCUAUCAAUGUAACACCUGAACAUAUCUCACAUAUUAUUUUCACAAGUGAUCGUUCUGGCUUACUAAAAGCAGUUCAACUUCGCCAUCACAAUUUUAUUUCAAGUGUUCGUUCCAAUCAUAUCCACCCGAUGGAUACUGUUCUUUAUCAUACAUCAGUUAAUUUCGAUAUUCAUUUAUUAGAAAUCGUUGAAACUCUAAUAAUGUGUGGUCAAGCAAUUCUACUUCAUCCAAAUGGCAAUCUUAGAGAACCCUUGAUGACUAAUACUAUGCGCAAUAUGUUGAAUUUUGUAAAUGAGCGCUGUCGAUUUUAUAACUAUUAUGGAUGUACAGAAUGUACAGGAACAGUAAUGCAAUAUAUUGGUGAAAGCAAUAAUGAUGAUGCUGAGUUUUUACCAAUUGGACGACCUUUACCAAAUAUUCGCAUAUAUCUCUUGGACGAAUAUCUUCAAUCGGUUAUACCUGGUGUCCAAACAGGUGAAAUCAUCAUUGGAGGUAAUAUUUCAUAG